AUGGAUGUAUCUGCUUUAUAUCGUUUAAAAAAUUUAAACAAUCACAAUAUAAUAUCUGUUUACAAAGAUCAAUUCAAGAUUGGUCGUUCUGAAACUAAUGAUAUAUCUAUUGUAAAUAAUCGAUACAUAUCCUCCUCUCACUGUAUAUUUGAGUAUGAUCAUGGUCAUCUUUUUAUACGUGAUACAAGUUCUAAUGGUACAUUAAUAAAUCGAUCAAAUAAAAUAAGCAAAAAUGAUCAACGUGUUGAACUUCAUACGAAUGAUGUUGUGCAUCUAGUUUUUCGAAAAGAUGAUCCAGAUUCAAAUAUUGUGUUUCAAAUAGAUUUACCACUACUAAGUCAACCAGAAAAUCAACCCACCGAAGAAAUCUCUCCAUACGAUGAGGAUACACAAAUAACUUCAUAUCCAUCAAUUCCGACUCUAUCACCUAAUCAAACCAAAGAAAAUGCUGAUCUAUCUAAUUUAAUGAAUACAAGUACAGAUGUUGAAAUAAAACCAAUUAAAACACGUGAAGAACCUAAAAAAGAAUUUGCAAUGGAAGCUGGUGAUGAUAUGGAAGAUGUAUUAACAUGUGUGUGUUGUCAAGAAAUCAUGUCUAAUCCAAUUAGUCUUGAACCAUGUUUACAUGCAUUUUGUAGCGAUUGUUAUGCUUCGUGGGAAGCUGUUCAACGAUCUUGUCCGAAAUGUCGUGUUAAAGUAACUGGCAAGAAGAAAAAUUUUGUUAUUAAUGGAAUUUUAGAAGCAUAUCUUAAAGCAUAUCCACAUAAACGACCAGCACCAAAAGAAGACGAUGAUGAUAUUUAUUCAAAGAAAAUGAAAAAUGGCAAAUAUGAUGUUGGUCCUGAUGGAAUGUAUCUACAUAAUACACAAUAUGAUCAUGAUGAUGAGGAUGAAGAUAUGGAAGAUGAGGACGAAGAUGAUGAUAAUGAAGUACAUGAUGACGAUGAUGAGGAGGAGGAGGAAGAGGAAGAUGAGGAUGAUGACGAUGGUAAUAAUAUGCACUUUGCACCACCAGCAAUAGCUUUUCCUGCUGUUGCUAAUGUCAGAUUUGUUUGUCGGCAAUGUCCACAAGGAGCUGGUGCAGUAGUUGCUGGUUUUCAAUGCCCGGCAAAUCAAAAUCAUAUUCUUUGUCAAUGUUGUGUUCAACCAAUGCCAGAUCGACGAGACGAACUUGAUGUUCAUCAAAAUUGUGAAAUAUGUCAUCAAUUUUUUUGCAAUAUUUAUUUUGAACAAUGUCAACGACCUGGAUGUUUAGGUUGUUUGAAUCGUUUACGAGAUUUUAAUUUUUCUCCUCGUCAUCUCACAAAUCUUGUUAAUGAUAAUCCUGUUGAAUCACAAAUUGUUCAAGAUUAUCUUACAACUAAUCGUAAGACAAUGCGUGAUUUACUUAUCGAAUGCUGUGAUCGUCUAGAUCGAAAUGAAUUCACUUGUACCGGUAUUGAUCGCAAUGCUGCUAUUCCUUCAUCGAAAAUUACUUGUUAUAAAUGCGGUUUAAAAAUGUUUAAAGAAUUAGCUUAUCAAUUUCGUGCUAGUAUGAAACAAGAUGAUAUAACUCCGGUGAUAAUGCGUAAUCGUGAUAAUUGUUAUUAUGGUCAUAAAUGUCGUACACAAUAUACGAAAUUAAAUCAUGCACAAAAAUUAAAUCAUGCUUGUGAACAAACAAAAUUUUAA